ACCGGAUCGGCCAAGUCCGAGAAGCGUUAAGCUUCUACAUCCCUGUCCAAUUACGUGGCGGGGCCCUUGUCUUUGUCUCCUGGAUUCCGGCUUCUCUCAUCCCACAUUGAUUCUGGCGGCGAACUUCAAGUUUGCAUACGUGAAGUGAAUAAGCGGACAAGGCCCUGGCACUACGUCAAUCCGCAUACAUCAUACUUCAAAGUUUCUUCAACCCCCUCCCUCACCCAUGCUGCGCCUACUACUCCGGCUGGCUAUCACAUUCUUCGGCCUCAGCCUUGCCACCCAAAUACCUCUCCUAUCCUCAGACCCAAACACAGAUGAUUUUCGCGUCAUCCGCAGCACCCAAUUCCCAGACCAGUCGGUGCGCAUCCGCCAGCAGAACGAGUCCAUCUGCGCUGCCGGCUCCGCCCAAUACACCGGCUGGCUGGACAUUGGCCCCAAACAUAUCUUCUUCUGGUACUUCGAGAGCCAGAAUGACCCUCUAACUGACCCCCUGACUCUCUGGAUGACCGGCGGGCCCGGCGAUUCCAGCAUGAUCGGCCUAUUCCAGGAGAUCGGGCCUUGUCUCGUCAAUGAGCAUGGUAACGGCACCUACCAUAAUCCGUGGGCAUGGUCGCGGAAUUCGUCGCUGCUGUUUGUCGACCAGCCGGUCGAUACGGGCUUUUCGUAUAUUGACGAGGGAGUCGAAUUGCCGGUGGAUUCAGCGGAAGCAGCGGUCGACAUGCAUCGAUUUCUUCAGUUGUUUGUGUCUGAGGUUUUCCCGCAUUUGUCAACCGUGCCGGUGCAUCUUUCGGGGGAGUCGUAUGCAGGGAAAUAUAUCCCACACCUCGGCGCCCAGAUAAUCCAGCAGAACCAGCUCCAUCCCGACCAUCCCCAGAUCAACCUGCAGUCAUGUCUAGUCGGGAACGGCUUCAUGUCCCCGAGAGACUCAUUCUACGGAUACUGGGAAACCCUCUGCACCACGAAUCCAGGCGUCCCUGAGCCCGUAUUCAACAAAACUCGAUGCGACAUCAUGGCCGCGGACAUGCCGCGCUGCAUGCAGGUCUCUGAUUUCUGCGUGAGAAACCCAGACCCGGCGAUCUGUCAUGCUGCGCUGAAGGUCUGCUACGAGGGCGUGGUGGGUUGGUACGAUGAUGAAGCCGGUGCUGGGGGACGGAACAGAUUUGAUAUCACGGCGCCAUGCGAGAUCGACGAGAUGUGCUACAUUCAAUCCGCGCGCAUCGAGACAUAUCUGAACACUCCCGCUGUGUGGAAUGCGCUCUCUCCUCCCGCCCAGAUAAAAGAGUACAAGUUCGUCGCGCAGUCCGUUAUCGACGCAUUCGAUACCUCCUCUGACGGCAUGACCUCUACGUCUGAUCUGGUUGUCUUUCUGCUGAACCAUGGAGUCGACUUUUUGGCUUACCAAGGAAAUCUGGAUCUCGCGUGCAAUACGGCGGGGAAUCGACGGUGGGCGGAUUCGGUCAUUUGGAAGGGACAGGCGGAGUUCACGGCGAAGGGAAUGAGACCGUGGAUGACUUUUGUUGAGGACGGGAGGAAAGAGACAGUUGGGCUCAUGAAGGAGGUGAAUGUGCAGGUUGGUGAUGGGCGGUCGAGGUUUGCGUUUGUGACUGUUGAUGAGUCGGGGCAUUUGCUUCCUCAGGAUCGACCUGACGUGGCGCUUGAUAUGAUGAUCAGGUGGAUCUCAGGGGAAUCUUUCGCAUAG